AUGUUCAUCCCAGCUCAUAAAGCAAUCAAUGAGGGAUCGAUUGAUUUAUUAUUGAAAACAUUGAGUCAAAUCGAUAAAUUAGUGGUGUUGACUGGUGCCGGGAUUUCCACAGAAUCUGGUAUUCCCGAUUACCGCUCACCAAAAGUCGGCGCUUACGCAAGAUCAAAUCAUCGGCCAAUGUAUUUACAAGAAUUUCUCAAAUCACAUCAUGCUAGACAAAGAUUCUGGGCUCGAAACUUUCUAGCAUGGCCUCGUUUCCGUGAUGCUCAUCCAAAUGUCACUCAUCAAACAAUCGCCUCAUGGGAAAGAUCCGAUAGAUUUCAUUGGUUGAUCACACAAAAUGUUGAUGGAUUGCAUGCAAAAGCCGGUUCGGAGAGGAUGACUGAAUUGCAUGGGUGUGGGCAUCGAGUCAAGUGUUUCGAAUGUAAAAAUGUGAUCGAUCGUGAAGAAUUGCAAGAAAGAUUGACUGAAUUGAAUCCAAAAUGGACAUCAAAGAUGAGUCCGGGCGAGAUUCGACCCGAUGGAGACAUUCAGAUUGAGGCCGAUGCCGAGAAAGAGUUCAAGCUGGCAAACUGCGAAGAGUGCAAUGGGAUUCUCAAAACCGAUGUGAUUUUCUUUGGGGAGAAUGUGCCAUUGUGUGAUGUGCAGCAGUGUCAUAAAAAGAUUGAUGAAUGUGAUGGCGUGCUCGUUCUUGGUUCAUCCCUUCAAGUUAUGUCCGGUUAUCGAUUUGCUCAUCAAGCAGUUAUGAAUCGAAAAAUUCCGUUAAUUGUCGUGAAUAUCGGGCCAACAAGAGUCGACAAGAUCGCGACGCUGAAAAUUGAGGGGAAAUGCUCGGAUGUGAUUGCGAGGAUA